AUGAACCUGGAAGAGAAAGUCACCAUGGACUUGAUUAAUCAACCAUCUGAGCAUCUUUGCUAUGUCCGCUGCAACUUCUGCAGCACUGUUCUUGCGGUUGGGCUUCCAUUCAAACGGUUGCUGGACACUGUGACGGUGAAAUGUGGUCAUUGCAGCAACCUGUCGUUUCUCAGCACCAGACCUGCACUUCAAGGUCAAUGCCUUUCUGAUCACCCCACCUCCUUGACUCUUCAGGCCGGAUGCUGCAGUGACUUGAGAAAGGGCCAAUCCUCAUCAUCAUCUUCACCAAUAUCAGGCGAGCCAUCAUCCCCCAAAGCACCCUUUGUUGUCAAACCACCUGAGAAGAAACACAGACUUCCAUCUGCUUACAAUCGGUUCAUGAAAGAAGAGAUCCAGCGAAUCAAAGCAGGCAACCCAGAGAUCCCACAUCGAGAAGCUUUUAGUGCUGCAGCCAAAAAUUGGGCUAGGUACAUUCCUAGUCCGUCAGCUGGAUCAGAUUCUGGGAGCUGCAGCAGCACUAACAACAUUGAUGCUUUGAAGGGCUCAGAUUUUGCAGGAAUGAACAUCCUAGCCAUGUGCUACCAAAACCCAAAAACGCCAUGA